GGACUGGGCCUGUCCAGCUCCAUUACUGUCCUUUCAGAUGCUAGCUGGUUCCUCUAAGCUUCAGUUUCCCCAUCUGUGAGAUUCCUUGCACUCACCUUCCUGGUCGUGGUGAGGAUUAAAUGAGAUCCUGCACUCAUGGUCCUCAGCACAGCUUCCAGUGGGUGGCACAUGCUCAGUAUGUGGAAAUGUCCCUCUUCUGAGUAGACGCAGCCUUGAAAGAAACACAACCACCCUUGCGGCCAGCCCUGCCAGGCACUUUUCUUUCCCUGUGCCUCAUCGGUAUGGAGGACACAGUUUUAUUUAUUUCAUGCAUUUUUCACUUUUUGUGAGGGUUUUCCCAAAUUGCUCCAAACAUCAGGCAACAACGUGAAGUUUUGUUGGUGGGCACACCUCCUUUCACAUAAACUGUCUCCAUAUAAGUUGUGGCUGGUUUCCUUAUGCAGAGGGUGGAGUAUUUGCACAUGACUAGUUGUGUCCAUGUGUCCUAGCCCUGCCUCUCAGCCCCAGGAACUAGCAUGAAGCCCUGGAAGGUCUGGCCUCUUACUGGCUCUGCAGCCUUGGUCCUGUAGGCCUCCUUGGGGGGCGGGCUUGAGGAUGGUGGGGUAGUCUGGACCCCACCAGGAUCUGCAUACUGGGCAGAAGAGCCUCCUUGGGCAUGGUCCCCUGGCUUCAAGCCUGUCUUCCUCCCACUCUCUUUACCCAGGAGUAGCCAGUGGGGCCCAUUUACAAAAGCAAGUCAGAGUAUGCUCCUCCUUGGCUCAUCCUCCUGUAAUGCCUCCCUGCCUCUCUGAGUAAAAGCCCAAGUCCUCAUGAGAGUCUGCUGCUCCUCUGCCCUCAGUCCCUCACUGCACUGGGGCGGCACGGGCUGCCUGGCUAUGUUUGGAUUGUACCAAGUGCCCCCCUGCUCAGGCCCUUGCACUGCCCAUUCUCUCCUCUCACCUUCCUGCCCCUCCUCUGAUGUUUCUUGUGACUGAGGCCUUACUUGGCCAUCUGGACCAACUGGAGACCAUUGCUUCCCCUCCAUAUCUCUUACCAUCUUCAUUUGUUCCUGAGGCACACAGAUGUUGAUUAUCCAUCUCUUCAGUCAAGGCAGGGCCUGUGCUCCUUUUACCAUUGUAUCCUGGCAUCUAGAAAGCUCCAUAAAUGUUUGUCAAAUGAAGGAAUGAAAUGAAGAAGAGAUGCCUACCCACAAGCGUUUACUGCAGCCUUAAUGAGAACCCUCCAAACCAGAAAAGGCUUUGGUGUCCAGUACAAGGCAGCAAGUGGGAAAUGGGGGACCUUCAUCCUCAAGAGUGUCCUUAGCAGGAAGACCAUGCUCAAUGACCUCCUGCGGUUCGAUGUGAAAGACUGCUCCUGGUGCAGGGCCUUUACCACUGGGACCCCACCGGCCCCCCGUUACCACCACUCGGCCGUCGUCUAUGGGAGCAGCAUGUUUGUCUUUGGGGGUUACACUGGGGACAUUUAUUCCAAUUCUAACUUGAAGAAUAAAAAUGACCUCUUUGAAUACAAGUUUGCAACUGGCCAGUGGACGGAGUGGAAAAUUGAAGGACGGUUGCCAGUCGCUAGGUCAGCCCACGGGGCCACGGUGUACAGUGACAAGCUGUGGAUCUUUGCUGGCUAUGACGGCAACGCCAGGUUGAAUGACAUGUGGACAAUUGGCCUCCAGGACCGAGAGCUCACCUGCUGGGAGGAGGUGGCCCAGAGUGGCGAGAUCCCCCCAUCUUGCUGCAACUUCCCCGUGGCUGUGUGCCGGGACAAGAUGUUUGUAUUCUCUGGGCAAAGCGGAGCCAAAAUAACCAACAACCUCUUCCAGUUUGAAUUCAAGGACAAGAUGUGGACACGCAUCCCAACUGAACACCUGCUCCGGGGCUCCCCACCACCCCCACAGCGGCGCUACGGGCAUACCAUGGUGGCCUUUGACCGCCACCUCUAUGUGUUUGGGGGUGCGGCCGACAACACGCUGCCCAACGAGCUGCACUGCUAUGACGUGGACUUCCAGACCUGGGAGGUCGUCCAGCCCAGCUCCGACAGCGAGGUUGGUGGGGCUGAAGUGCCCGAGCGAGCCUGUGCUUCCGAGGAGGUGCCCACCCUGACCUAUGAGGAGCGGGUUGGCUUCAAGAAGUCCCGAGAUGUGUUCGGCCUGGACUUUGGCACCACCUCAGCCAAGCAGCCCACCCAGCCUGCCUCGGAGCUGCCCAGCGGGAGGCUCUUCCACGCGGCUGCUGUCAUCUCGGACGCCAUGUACAUCUUCGGGGGCACGGUGGACAACAACAUCCGCAGCGGGGAGAUGUACAGGUUCCAGUUCUCCUGUUAUCCUAAAUGCACGCUGCACGAGGACUACGGGCGGCUGUGGGAGAGCCGCCAGUUCUGCGACGUGGAGUUCGUGCUGGGUGAGAAGGAGGAGUGCGUGCAGGGCCACGUAGCCAUUGUCACAGCGCGGAGCCGCUGGCUUCGCAGGAAGAUCACGCAGGCGCGGGAGAGGCUGGCCCAGAAGCUGGAGCAGGAGGCCACCCCAGUUCCCAGGGAGGCCCCCGGCGUGGCUGCUGGUGGGGCCCGGCCGCCCCUGCUGCACGUGGCCAUCCGGGAGGCCGAGGCCCGGCCCUUCGAGGUGCUCAUGCAGUUCCUCUACACCGACAAGAUCAAGUACCCACGGAAAGGCCAUGUGGAGGAUGUGCUGCUCAUCAUGGACGUGUACAAAUUGGCACUGAGCUUCCAGUUGUGCCGCCUGGAGCAGCUGUGCCGCCAGUACAUCGAGGCCUCCGUGGACCUGCAGAACGUGCUGGUCGUGUGCGAGAGUGCCGCCCGGCUGCAGCUGAGCCAACUCAAGGAGCACUGCCUGAACUUCGUGGUAAAGGAGUCCCACUUCAACCAGGUGAUCAUGAUGAAGGAGUUCGAGCGCCUCUCCUCUCCACUGAUAGUGGAGAUUGUGCGGCGGAAGCAGCAGCCGCCCCCUCGCACUCCCUUGGACCAGCCAGUGGACAUUGGCACAUCUCUGAUCCAGGACAUGAAGGCAUACCUGGAGGGAGCGGGCGCGGAAUUCUGUGACAUCACUCUGUUGCUUGACGGGCACCCACGGCCAGCCCACAAGGCUAUCCUGGCCGCCCGCUCCAGCUACUUUGAAGCCAUGUUCCGGUCCUUCAUGCCCGAGGACGGGCAGGUGAACAUCUCCAUCGGGGAGAUGGUGCCCAGCAGGCAGGCCUUCGAGUCCAUGCUGCGCUACAUCUACUACGGCGAGGUCAACAUGCCGCCCGAGGACUCGCUCUACUUGUUUGCGGCCCCCUACUACUACGGCUUCUACAACAACCGGCUGCAGGCGUACUGCAAGCAGAACCUGGAGAUGAACGUGACGGUGCAGAACGUGCUGCAGAUCCUGGAGGCAGCUGACAAAACGCAGGCGCUGGACAUGAAGCGGCACUGCCUGCACAUCAUUGUGCACCAGUUCACCAAGGUCUCCAAGUUGCCCACGCUACGGUCGCUGAGCCAGCAGCUGCUGCUGGACAUCAUAGACUCCCUGGCCUCCCACAUCUCAGACAAGCAGUGCGCAGAGCUGGGCGCCGACAUCUGAGGCCCUGUGGCGCCUGCCCAUUGUGAAGAAUCGCCGUGCCUGCCUGCCCUGCCUACUGAGAAGACUACCGGCUAUGCGCAUGCCUAUGGCAGUGGGUGCACCUGCCAGGCCAAGGGUCAGGGUGUCCAGAGCCUCCAAAGAGAGCUGAGGGGAUGUGGGGCCCCAAACUCCUUAAUUCACUGAAGACACAGGUCCCACAGGGAGCAGAUGAUGAAGCAGACCCCCUCCCGUCAUCACCCUCUCCUGGUGUAGUGUGGAUGAGAGGCCACGGCUCAGUGAUGGGCUCACCACCCAGAAGUGGGGAGAGACCUUGGGCCUCCCACCCAGUGGGGCAUGGCCUGGCUCCUGUGGCCUGGGCGUGUUGUGGACUCAGGCACUGAGGCCUGUCACCAAGGCUCCUCCAACAUGCGGGAGGAGGCUUGGCUUAGCAGACUUGGCGCUGCACCAGCGAAUCUGCCUGGGCUGCUCCUGUCCCACCCACCCUCACUGAGAUCCAUGUAAGGGGCUCCUCUUCCCACCUGGAACUUGUGAGUGGGGACCCAUGAUGUAUGGGUCUCACCUGACUUGAGGUGAAUUUUGGAGUGAAGGGUCCUGAGGUCAGCUCCCAGGUCGGUCGUGCUGGGCCAGGCCUGGUUUUCACAGGGGCUGAAGGAUCCCAGUCCACCUGUGUGCAUGUCAGGGCUUGGCCGGAAAGAAGCCAGCAAAGUCCCCCGUGUCCCUUGCUGAGUAUUCUGUCACAGACAAGCCUCCAUUAAAGCCACAGCAGUGCUACCCACCACACACACCUUGCUGGCCCGGCCACCACUGCUGGCUUCAGCCCCUUGAGCAGCCCAUGGCUUAGCAGACCCCCAGAUGUAGGUCAGUGGCCUUACCUGUCUCUAUCCAUGCUGUCAACUCCUGCCCCCACCUGGGGUCACCCAGUCACAUUGGGAAGGGCUGUGAAGGCCUCCAGGCUGGCCCCUCCCAGGGGAAUCCUGGAGGACUGGGGUGGGCUCCUGCCCCUUCUGCCCUGCCUUGCCCCUGCACUAUGCUCUUGGCUCCUGUGGAAGGAGGGCUGCCCUCUUGCCCUAGUGAGGGCCCCAUGUGGAUCCACUCUGGUGCUGGGAGCCAGCGCUCCCUUACUGGGAACAGGAUUCCAGGACCCCUUUCUUGUUGUGGCUGCCAUGAAGCCACAGCUCCUUGGGAAAGUGACCUGCUCUCCUUUGGCUGUAUGCAGGUGUGUGGGGGGCCCUGAGUGGCAAGUUGCUUAGCUAACAGGAGAUCCAUAGGCAGCCUGCAGGCUAGGAAGUGGCCUAGUGCAAGAUGAGCUGGGAACAAGGGAGGAGAGAGCAGGAGCUGGGGCAGAGGCCGAGCCGGGAGGCCCUUGAGGUGAGGACACAGCAGGCCCAGGACCAUGGCUGGGGAGGAUAUGUCAGCACCUGGAAGUGGAGUGCUGGCUGCGGCGCCCAGCCAUGUGGGCCAGGUGCAUUCACUCAGAGUGGGGCCACACACCCACCUAUCCAGUUUCCACCAGAUGUGGCUCCUGCCACACCCACAGGGCAGCCUCAUCCAAAUCCCUCCUGGAGGGGCCUACCCAGAAGCCUUGAACCAGUCUGCAACCCUGCUCUAUGCUGACCCUUGUCACUGAACCCUGAUCUAGACUUAUAUGAAUAAAUGAAAUUACAUGCCAAGGGCCCUAAAAAGCAAA